UUAGUGUGGUGUGGAAGGAACCAUUGAAAACUUGGUGAAUACUUGUCCAAUUGGUUGAUGAUGAAUGGCAGGUGGCACAGAAUUGUUAAAACCACGUUAUCGAAUGAAUCACUUUGUAUAAACAGCUCAGCUGACUUAUCUUUUUGCAAAUACUCGAACAAACAUUGGAUGGGCGAAUAGAAACCCAAAACGAUUGAAACGCAAUGUAGUAGUGAAUGUGCUUACAGAGAAUAUAUCGAAAAAAAAACAUUUUACGCCUAUACUAAACGUAUUUUUAUAUCGCGUAUAAUAUAUACUAUCGAGUGUAGUAAAGAGAUAAUUGUGUUUGCAACCUUGAAUUGAAUUUCAAAGAAAAAACAAAUGGAUAAACAUCUGACAUUUGGAAUUUUAACUGUGAGCGAUUCCUGUCAUGACGGCAUCAGUCAAGAUCUCUCAGGCCAGGGUCUAUGUCAAGAGAUCGACAACCACUUCAGACAGGCAAAAAUAAUAUUUCAGGAUGUCAAACCGGACGAUCAGAAGCAAAUCGAGCAGACUCUUCUCUCCUGGUGUCUGCAAGGGUGCAACGUCAUCCUCACCACAGGAGGUACAGGUUGUUCGCCCAGAGACGUCACACCAGAAGCCACGAGAGCUGUCAUCGAGAAGGAGCUACCUGGCAUGUCGCAGUUUAUGCUGAACAAGAGUUUUGCGGUUACGGAGAUGGCGAUGCUUUCCAGGGCUGUCUGCGGGAUCAGAAUGAAGACGUUGAUCAUCAAUUUACCAGGAAGUUCCAAGGGAUCCAAGGAGUGUUUUGGUUUUGUGAUGAAUGCGAUCCCGCAUGCUGUUGCGUUGAUCAAUAAUGACUUGGAGAAUAUCGUCAGGGCACAUAGGCAUAUCCAAGGAGGAGAUGUUGGGGAAUGCAGCGCGCCCAGCAAGGUGAGAAUCGGGGGUGCUGCAGGCAGGGACAGGGAAUCUCCAUACCCCAUGAAGAAGGUAACAGAAGCCCUAGAGAUUAUACUGCGCGAAUGUGGUCGUACUACAGAUUCUGAGUUGAUACGUAUUGAGAACUCAUUGAACAGGGUUCUGGCAGAGGACAUCUACGCCAAAGAUCCGGUUCCUCCUUUUAGAGCUUCCAUGAAAGACGGAUAUGCUGUUAGAGCCAAGGCUGGAUCUGGCCAAAGAAAGGUUCGAGCAUGUGUGGUUGCUGGUGACAAGCCUGAAAAUCAACCUUUGAACUACGACGAAGCAAUCAGAGUAAGCACAGGUGCGCCACUUCCAGAUGGUGCUGAUGCUGUGGUCCAAGUUGAAGAUACUGAAGUCAUGCAAGUUACCGCUGAUGGAAAUGAAGAACUCAAGAUAAACAUAUUGGUAAAGCCUUCUGUUGGUCAGGAUAUCAGAGAAAUUGGAAGUGAUAUUCCUGCCAACUCCAAAGUAUUGGACAAAAUGGAUGUUAUUUCGGCAGGACACGUUGGAGUUUUGGCAACAGUUGGCCACUCGAGAGUUAAAGUUUUCAGACGGAGCUCCAUUGGAGUCUUAUCGACUGGAAAUGAACUAAUACACCAUAACAGCAAUAUAGCACCUGGCCAGAUCCGGGAUAGCAACAAAUUAGCUAUAAUAAAUUUAUUGGAGCAACAUUCCUACGCUGCCUCUGACUGUGGCAUAGCAAAGGACCAUCCUGAUGCAGUGAAAACUGCCCUAUGCAGGGCUUUCUCAAGACAUGAUGUCAUUAUAACAACAGGAGGGGUGUCAAUGGGAGAAUAUGAUUUGAUCAAAAAGGUCUUAGUGGCUGACUUUAGUGCUCUCAUUCACUUUGGUCGAGUUGACAUGAAACCAGGGAAGCCAACCACUUUCGCCACAUUAAACUUUAGAGGCCAAAGAAAAAUUGUUUUCGGUUUACCAGGCAACCCUGUAUCUGCAUGCGUCACUACUCUCUUGUUUGUGAUACCUUUUCUGAAGUAUUCCGAGAGGAGAGAAAAUUAUAUGUUUCCAGUCGUUCAAUCAUCUGUAGUUCCUGUGAUAACAAACAAUGAUGUCAGGCCGUCCUAUCUCAGAGCUCAAGUACGUUUCUCUCAAGGUUCCUUUACAGCCACGACAACAGGAAAUCAGGUUAGCAGCAGGAUCAACAGUUUGGUGAAUGCCAACGCUCUGGUUAUUAUACCACCAAACUACAAGAACUAUACAGCACUAGAAACUUUCUCUACGAUUCUGAUAGGAGAUCUGGUUAAAUGAUACAGUAGUUGUUCAAUCAAAUUUUUUAUUAUUCAUAAAAUAUUUCUCAGAUUACGUAUUUUAUUAGAUGUUAUUUUAACGAUAUUAUAAUGUUUAUUUUCGAAAUAAAGAAAUUACGGCUGUUGUACUCAGCACUUCCUCAUGUGUAAGACCACAGCUGGGAUAUUCAUUUUCA